UCUCUCUACCGGAUCCCGUCUCCUCCCCAGUUUGACUUGCGCCACCUCCCUCGAUCCACCGGUCAUCGUCAUCGUCAUCGUCAUCGUCAUCCCCUCCCAGGCAUCGAGCUCGAACCGGACAGAGAGAAUCAGAAGAGCAUCUCUGCGGCAUAAUAUGCAAUCUGCAACGUUCCUUCUUCGCCUUCCUCAACACCACAGCCACCUCUGCCUCUCAGACCGCUUCCUCAGAUCCCAUCGCUCCACCUCGACUUGUCCAAAGUGGAAGCUUGCUAGUAGGAUUGCUGUCGCUAGGAUGUCUCCCCCUGCAAAUAAUUCUCACUCUUUGUCCAGUGAAAGUUCUCUGGCUGCUCUUGCACCGCUUGAAGCAAUACUUUUUGACAUUGAUGGCACACUCUGUGAUUCCGAUCCUUUCCAUUACUAUGCCUUCCGAGAAAUGCUUCAAGAGGUCGGCUUUAAUGGGGGCAUUCUGAUCACCGAGGAGUUCUAUGUCAAGAAAAUUAGUGGCAUUCACAAUGAAGAGCUUUGUCAUUUCCUGUUUCCCGAUUGGGAGAUUCAAAAAGCCCGCAAAUUCAUGGAAGACAAGGAAGAGAUGUUCCGAAGAUUGGCAUCUGAAAAGUUGGAACCUGUCAAAGGGUUGCAGAAGCUUCUUAAGUGGAUUGAAGGCCAGGGCGUGAGACGAGCGGCUGUGACGAAUGCUCCUCGACCAAAUGCCGAGCUCAUACUCUCUCUGCUAGGCCUUAAUGAUUUCUUCGAGACUCUUGUGAUCGGAAGUGAAUGUGGACGCGCGAAACCCUUUCCAGACCCUUACCUGAAGGCCCUGAAAGUGCUUGGAGUGUCUGAAAAGCAUGCUUUUGUGUUUGAGGACUCAGCUUCAGGGACAAAAGCUGGAGUCACGGCCGGAAUGCCAGUUGUGGGGUUAGGAACAAGGAAUCCGGAGAAAUUACUGACGGAAGCCGGGGCCGCUUUCGUCAUUACGGAUUUUCUCAACCCGAAACUGUGGAAAGCAUUGGAGGAGCUGGAGAAGAAUGCCGAGGUCGCAGGAAUCGAGGCUUGAAAUCCUACAAGUCGAACAUGAGAAAACUAAGAUCUCUGCUGGAUGCUGUGAUAUCAAGUGCACCUUCUGGAGUGUUG